AUGAGCGACUCUUCAGAAGACGACCAGCCGUUCAACCUUCGCGACUACGAUGACGAUGACACCGACGAGGAGAGACCCAAUAAGCGCAGGAGAACUAUGAAAACUCUGCGCAGCCGUGGGGUGGGCUUCGUUCAGUCAAAGGCUCAAGAGGAGAAGCAAGAUGAAGAAGAGGAAGAAGAUCUCGACGACGAAAGGCCGUCCAUGGGCCUAGGCAUGGGUUCUGGAAUGGGUGGCUUCCGUGCUUCCUUCAACAUUGGUGAAUACAACAAUGAAGAAGAACCAGAGAGUCCGGCCCCUCCUCCGCCCGACAUGUCUCCUCAAAGACAGGGCGAGAUAUCGGGCGGCUCUGGACCGUCCGCGUUCGGUGCAGGAGGAAGAAUACAGAAGAAUUCGUUCGCCGCCCGGAUGAUGGCGAAGAUGGGGUAUGCAGAGGGCCAAGGUCUAGGAAAGUCAGGACAGGGUAUCACAGCACCGAUCCAGGCCAAGUUGCUACAAAGUCGCGCAGGCCUCGGUCAAGGAAGCGGCACAGCCGAACCACCACGCAAGAAAGACCACAGCAGGGAGAAAACAUCUUCGAAACCGUCGACUCCCGGGACGAGCACACCGCGUAUCAAAGGCCCACCCAAGGCCAAAUAUGCCGUGGCCGCAAUCGAGUCCAGAGGCCUGCACAUCCCAGAAGCAAUGAAACAAGUCAUUGUAGACGCCACAGGGUCGGAGACAAAGACGGUGUCCUCAUUGUCCGGGUUUUCAACACCAACACGCGAAUCCUCGCCAGGCCUUGAAGCCGCCAAGGCAACCUCUCGAAUCAAGUUGCAGUUACAAGCCUUCGCGGACGCAUGGGACUCUACAAAAGAACAGGAAACCCACCUCGAGGUAGAAGAUACCCAAUUGGGAGCAUCACUGUCUCUCCACGAAGCCGAGAUUCAUCGAUACAACGAGAUUAUUUCUUCGUUUGAGCGCGUGGCUGUAGAUGACUCCAACGAAGCCCGCGACUGGGACGAGUCCAUUUCACGGCUGCAGACUAUCCAGGCACAAUACGCAGACGACAUAUCCGAGCUCUCGCUUCCCGAGCUUGCGGUUUCGUGCCUCGAGACCCCCUUCCGUCGACAACUGGCAGAAUGGGAUCCUCUAAGCGAUCCGCGCCUCCUGGUCGCAUCUCUCCAAUCCAUUGAUCAACUGUUGCAGAUCGAAAAGUCCACCACUGCCCGACACCGCAAACGGACGACGUACUUUGAGAGUCUGCUACUGCUGCACUGGUACCCUCGAAUCCGUGUCGCUCUUGGGAAAGAUUGGGAUUUAUAUGAUCCCGACCCAGCAUAUACGCUGGUUACGUCCUGGUCGCCCAUCCUACCAGCUUGGAUGAUAUACAAAAUCCUCCACGAAGUCGCGCUCCCGCGACUGAUCGAGGCGGUGAAACGAUUUCCUAAGCGAGUCGAGUCGACUACACUUAGCCUCGGCGGCGUAAACGGUUCAAACGGUGCAGGUUCACGCAAAUCCAAAAAGUCCAUGGCUCCAGACAUGCACACCUGGCUCUUUGACUGGUGGACACUGCUGUCGUCGGACGAUCUCGAUCUCGAGCGCUUCGCGGAGCUCAAGUCUCUGGUCAAAGCCAAAGUCGACGCAGACAGUUGGGCCAUAUGGAAACCGCUUCUUGGGUCGCGGCGGCCCAAGGCUCUACCGUCUUCUACUCGCGAACAUCCGACCGUGGCAAGAGCAUCAGCACCAUCAUCUGCCGCUGCCGCUGCCAGUAUUGGCGAGGAAAUCACGUUCAAAAGUCUCGUGGAAGACUGGGCGUCGGAGAACAAUUUGUUGCUACACUCUUCUCACAAAUCAGACGCUUUUGGACGGCUGUUGUAUCGACUACAAGAUGCCGAGCGGCGUAGUAGAGGCAUCCUGGUCUAUUUGGCCGAGGAUGUCGUGUUUGGUGAAGAUGGCGAACCGUAUGCGUUGGAUGAUAAGCUUGUUGCUAAAGCGAUGGGACGGUAA